GUGUGUCUCGGCUUCUCAUUCAAGAGCACCGAUCAAUAAGCAGAGCAGCCUACGUUGAUCGCCUGCUUGCCUGCUGCAGUACGUCCGUUCGAACAGAGUACUGACUGAGUGGACAUCUAACAGUCCAUCAUGGUGGGGCGACUUCCGGCAAUAGUGAUCGACAACGGCACAGGCUAUACCAAACUUGGCUACGCUGGUAACAAGGAGCCUCAGUUCAUCAUUCCAUCAUCAAUCGCCAUCAGAGAAAAUUCAAAAGUCGGAGACACAGCCACGCGGCGAUUGACGCGAGGUGUCGAAGAUCUAGAUUUCUACAUCGGAGACGAAGCAAAUGAAGCCUCUGGCUAUGCAGUCAAGUACCCCAUCCGACACGGCAUGGUCGAAGACUGGGAUCUCAUGGAAAAGUUCUGGGAGCAAAGUAUAUUCAAGUACCUCCGAGCAGAACCAGAAGAUCACCACUUUUUGCUGACCGAACCGCCGCUGAACACGCCAGAAAACCGGGAAUACAUGGCAGAGAUCAUGUUCGAGACAUUCAAUGUACCUGGCCUCUAUAUCGCCGUGCAGGCGGUUCUAGCUCUGGCGGCGAGUUGGAACAGCAAACAAGGCAAACGAGUGAUGACCGGCAUGGUGAUCGACAGCGGCGAUGGAGUUACUCAUUGCAUCCCGGUGGCCGACGGUUACGUUGUCGGCAGCUGUAUCAAACAUAUUCCGAUCGCGGGACGGAACAUCACCUACUUUAUCCAGAGUCUCCUCCGAGAACGAGAGACGGGCAUACCACCCGAACAAUCGCUCGAAACUGCCAAAGCUAUCAAAGAGAGGUAUUGCUACAUAUGCCCCGACAUCGCGAGAGAAUUCGCGAAAUACGACAAGGAGCCCGAUAAGUGGUUCUUGCAAUAUCAGAGUACCAACCACGUUACGAAACAGCCAUUCGGCGUCGAUGUCGGCUACGAACGCUUCCUGGGUCCCGAGAUCUUCUUCCAUCCCGAGUUCGCGAAUCCCGAUUUCACCACUCCGAUCUCGGAAAUCGUAGACACUUGCAUACAGUCGUGUCCGAUCGACGUCCGGCGACCCUUGUAUAACAAUAUCGUUCUGUCCGGUGGGUCAACAAUGUUCCGCGACUUCGGACGACGGCUCCAGAGAGACGUGAAGCGCGUGGUCGACGCGAGGCUGAAGCAGUCGGUCAAGUUGAGCGGCGGACGAAUCACUCCUAAACCCAUCGAUGUCACUGUUGUAUCUCAUCACAUGCAAAGAUAUGCCGUCUGGUUCGGAGGCUCCAUGUUGGCUUCUAUGCCCGAAUUUUACACGGUGUGCCACACGAAAGCCCAAUACGAGGAGUGUGGACCUAGCAUAUGUCGUCACAACGCGGUCUUCACAGCCAUGUCAUAGAAUAGUGGACAACAUUCUUCGCUCUAUCAAUUCUAGUGAAUCGUUAGCAAUCUUUAGAUGGACUUCUUGCGUUGAACACACUUUCAAGGUCACCUUGAAUUUCGUACCCAUAUGCACGUCAUUAAACGAUUGCUCAAACCUUUCCAAUCUUCCCUCUCACCCAGACUGAAAGCUACUUACUACGAUAAUAUAACAGAGACAGAUGGAGAGAGCUGCCAUUAGAGUCAGGUUGGGCGACCCAUCAUCAAGCAGCUGGUGGCGUUCGAAAUCGUUCGAGAAUCCGGCGAAUCUAUGGAGGGAAACUCGCUCUGCGACAUGCAGCGGGUAUGUGCCGCCAACUGGAUCCGAACAUUCCAAGGUCAUUCCGAGGCUCCUCUUCUCCUUCACACGCACUGAGCGUUACAUCGGAACCCAUUCAGCUCUUCGCGAAGCUUCUUCAAUCCCAAAUUUCUCACUUCCACACUUCAUUCACACCCCAUCCGUCGGUCCCGCCUGAUUGAAUGUGGCAUCAAUCGGGUCUAUCUGCCAUUGUGUGGUCAUUAUUCGAGGGAUACGAGGAAUGUGAAAGUCUUUAGUCGACUGUAAAAACAACUUUUUGAAACAAUGUAGUGAUAUUGAAAGUAUGCUGCCACCGAAGCAGACGGAUGAGCGUUCGAAUACCCAUUCAGCGUUUCUUGAGAAAAUGAGCUAUGCGUAAAGAGACCAGCUCGGCCUGCUACGAGCUUCGAAUCGAAGGACUUCUUCUCGGAUGAAUCCUUCUGCUAUUGGAUUGAAUGUUCUGGCUCCGGAGCGGAUAUGGUCGCAAAAACCCUACGACGACUCGCCGUACUCCGGUGCAUAGUACAAUGAUUGACGAAACGGAACAGAAGCAAAUGUGCUUGACUAAGGAAUGCAUAGUUGAAUGAGAUCCUCGGAAUUAUGAAUAAAAGAA